AUGUCAAGAAAUGGGGACAAGAAGCCGGUAGGCUUCGCUACACAUAUCACGGCUGGAGGGAUCGCUGGCGCGAUGGAGGCGAUAUGCUGCCAACCACUCGACACCAUAAAGGUGCGGAUGCAACUCUCCAAAUCCGGGAUGGCCCCUGGGACAAAACCACGAGGAUUUUUGGCGACAGGUGUUAUGAUCGUUAGACGCGAGACUCCAUUAGCAUUAUACAAGGGCCUCGGCGCUGUUCUUUCCGGAAUAGUCCCAAAGAUGGCCAUCCGAUUUGCCAGCUUUGAGACCUACAAAGAAUGGUUAGCAGAUAAAUCAACAGGAAACACCAGGGUGGGGAAUAUCUUCAUCGCUGGGCUCGCCGCUGGGACGACCGAGGCGGUCGCGGUCGUCUGUCCAAUGGAAGUGGUGAAGAUCCGUCUGCAGGCGCAACAACAUUCGCUCGCUGAUCCGCUGGAAGCUCCAAGAUAUCGUAAUGCGGGUCAUGCGGUGUAUACGAUCAUACGUGAAGAAGGUUUUUCGGCCCUUUAUAGAGGCGUCUCGCUCACUGCUUUACGGCAAGCUACUAAUCAAGGCGCGAACUUCACUGCAUAUCAGGAACUUAAGAAAUUGGCACACACAUACCAGCCGGAUUUGAAGGACUUACCUUCAUACCAACACAUGAUUAUUGGACUCAUAUCAGGUGCUAUGGGACCCUUCUCGAACGCUCCGAUAGACACGAUUAAAACUCGAUUGCAAAAGGCCACGUAUGAACCAGGAACCACAGCGUUUGAGCGGAUCGCAGCGAUAGCAAAGGAUAUGUGGAAACAGGAAGGCGUCCGGUCGUUCUACAAAGGGAUUACGCCGAGAGUUCUGCGAGUGGCUCCCGGACAGGCGAUCGUGUUCGCUGUGUAUGAAAAAGUGAGAGGGAUCAUCGAGACGAUGAAAGUUUCACCGUCGCAAGAUCGGUACUCGGAGUGA